AAAUUUCACUAAUUUAAUUAAAUUUCACUAAUUUCACUCCGAUUUCAAAUUUCACUAAAUCUCAAUGGAUCUGGAUUUCACUGAGAAUUUUUGGACAUUAUUAUUAGGGAAAUUCACUAAUUUUCACUAAAAAUUAGUGAUUUUUUUUAGCAGCAUGACCAUACUGAAAAGAAGCAGAGAACAAGACCGAGACGUGGAAGCACUGGCCAUGGCCAACAGCCUCAUGCUCCUAAUCUCACGAGUCGGCGCCGCCCCCGGCCGCGUCUUCGCCUGUAAGACGUGCAACUGGGAGUUCCCGUCGUUCCAAGCCCUCGGCAGCCACUGGGCCAGCCACAAGAAGCCCAGAUUGAUGGCGGCGGACGAGGACUUCCUCCAAUCUCAGACGACGCCGGAGAAGCCGAAGGCGCUCGAGUGCUCUAUCUAUGAGCUGGAGUUCGCAAUAGGGCAGGCGGCGGCGGCGGAGAGGGAGGCGUCGGCGACGAGGGGGCAGAGGGAGAAGUCGAGGUGGGUCAUGAGGGGGUACCGCGCCAAGGUCUUCUUGAGGUGGUGGUGGUCGGAGCGGAGGGGCUGGUGGCGGGACUCAAUCGGAAUAGAAGGAUUUGCAAGCGAAAAACGACGGUGGUGGAAAGGGAUCGGAGAAGGAGGAGGUGGCGGUUAACAGGGGGGCGGCAGAGGCGUGGAGUUGUGUGCGUAGAGAGGUAGAUUGUUUUGGCGGUGGAGUGGUGCGCGUAGGCGGUGAGGUAUUUUAGGUAGAGAAGUAUG